AUGGGCGAUCCUCUGGAGAGGCUGGGAUCGGAGGCCAUAGGGCUUGAAUCGAGCAUCAAGGACGACCUCUCCAUGGAGAUCGAUCCUCCUUUCAAAGAGAACACGGCCACAGCCGACGACUGGAGAAAGGCGCUCAGCAAGGUCGUCCCAGCCGUCGUCGUUUUGAGGACAACGGCGUGUCGUGCCUUCGACACUGAGGCCGCUGGUGCUAGCUAUGCCACUGGCUUUGUCGUCGAUAAGCGCCGCGGGAUCAUCCUCACCAAUCGCCAUGUUGUCAAGCCUGGACCUGUAGUUGCAGAAGCCAUGUUUGUGAACCGUGAAGAAGUUCCAGUAUACCCUAUAUAUAGGGAUCCGGUACAUGAUUUUGGCUUCUUUUGUUAUGAUCCUGGUGCAAUACAGUUUCUUAAUUAUGAAGAGAUUCCUCUGGCCCCUGAGGCUGCUUGUGUUGGUCUAGAAAUCAGGGUUGUCGGUAACGAUAGUGGUGAAAAGGUUUCUAUUUUAGCUGGUACUCUUGCUCGUUUGGAUAGAGAUGCUCCUCAUUACAAAAAGGAUGGUUACAAUGACUUCAAUACAUUCUACAUGCAAGCUGCAUCUGGCACAAAAGGUGGUUCCAGUGGAUCUCCUGUGGUUGAUUGGUUAGGCAGGGCAGUGGCCUUGAAUGCUGGUAGCAAGUCAUCAAGCGCUUCAGCUUUUUUUUUACCCUUAGAACGAGUUGUGAGGGCAUUGAAGUUUCUCCAGAAGGGCAGAGAUUCCUUUGUCAAUAAAUGGGAGGCAGUCUCUAUACCUCGUGGUACGCUUCAGUUAGUUCGUCAUGCAUCUCCCCUGGGUGAAACUGGGAUGCUUGUUGUUGAGAAUGUGGUACCUGGUGGUCCAGCUUACAAGUGUUUGGAGCCAGGUGAUGUUCUUGUUUGCAUGAAUGGGGAAGUAAUUACCCAAUUCCUGAAAAUGGAGACCUUACUUGAUGACAGUGUUAAUCAAAAGAUUGAAAUGCAAAUUGAAAGGGGUGGCAAACCAUUAACUGUAGAUUUGGUGUGCAGUGGCCAGGAUUUGGUGCAAUGUUCUGUAAUUCUUAAUGGAGGUGCUGCAAGAUAUAUGCUCUUUAGAGCUGGAGUUCCUCGCCAUGCUAUCAUUAAGAAGUUUGCUGGUGAGGAAAUAUCACGACUUGAGGAUCUAAUUUCAGUUCUAUGCAAGCUAUCUCGGGGUGCUCGAGUGCCAUUAGAGUAUAUAAGCUACAUGGAUCGUCAUCGAAGGAAGUCAGUCCUGGUCACGGUUGAUCGCCAUGAAUGGUAUGCCCCUCCACAGAUAUACACACGUGAUGAUUGUACGGGCCUUUGGACUGCCAAGCCUGCUUUUCAACCUGAUGCUAUUCUGCUAUCAUCUGGUAUCAAUGGUCUCGGAGGUACAGGAAGCCAAGCAGGUCCUCUAAGUAGUGAGGUCAUUUCUGUGGGACACAUACAUCGCGAUAGCCACGAGGAAUUGACUGAUGGCGUCGCUAGUAUGGAAACCAGUUAUGAGCAUGCUUCUGAAGGAGCACAUUCUCGGGAUGAAUUUGAUGCUGGAACAAAGAAGCGGCGAUUAACCUGGAGGAUCCAAAUACCAUGGAGAAUGCUGUUAUGGGAGAUUUUCAAGCUGCAAAUGUAG